AUGGAUAUCAAAGACGUCUCAAACGAGAGCAAGUACAUCGGCUAUCUGAAGCAACUUCAAGGCGCUGCAGAGCAAGCAGCCCGAAGAAAAGGCCAAGCUGUGCGAGAUCACCCCCCUUCUCAACAACUCGUCUCGUCCUUCUUGAUGAAACUCAUGGCCGCCUCAUAUGGCCCUCGGUCGGACGAAAACACAAUCGCUACCACGCAGGUCCCAGCGCCUUACCCACCUUGCAUUGAUUCCGUCAACGACCUGGAACCCAUCAUGAUCUCCGACAUGAGGCUCGAAACUCAUCAUCGAGGGAAGAAGAUCAUGCUGCGCGUCCUCACGCCCCCGGACCGCAUGACGGCUGUGAUGGCCAUUGUGGAGGAUGAGAAGGGAAUCGCUGUGUUGCUCCAACUCUAUCACCAACCUGAAGAGACCAUCGUCCCUACCACUGAGAUCCUCAACCCAAACAUGGUCUGCAUCCUCAAAGAGCCCUUCUUCAAAUGUGCCACGGACGGUACAUACUCGCUCAGAGUCGAUCACCCUUGCGAUAUGAUCCGGCUGGACGGAGCUGACGACCGCAUUCCCUCGCACUGGAGGCCAUCGACGGUGAUCUCAGGCGAGAACAGUACAGACCUUCGAAAGCAAGGGAACGACGCUGUACAGGCCAAGAAAUGGGCUGAAGCACUGCGACUGUACUCUUCAGCUAUUCUAGCAGGUCAAAAUUUGGAAGAGAGACAGCUCGCUUUCCUCAACCGCUCACUUGUAAACCUGAACAUGGACCGACCGAAGCAGGCCUUAUUGGAUGCCGAGAAAGCCACCAAUCCUGCGAUGCCAUCCGAAAAAUCGCUCUUCCGCAAGGCUCGAGCAUUGUAUGAGCUCGGCGACUAUCAGCAGAGUCUCGAAAUGCUGGAAAAGCUCACACAGUCGUUCCCUGAAAACAAGGCAGCCAGCUCCGAGAAAGGUCGACUCCACGAGCGGCUCAACGAACAGCGAACAGGCGAGUACAAAUUCAAGCAAAUGUACAAGCAGGCAGAAAAAGCACCUCCCUUCAUCGACUGUGCCACUUUCUCAGCUCCAGUAGAGAUUCGUGAGUCGCCUGGCAGAGGCAAAGGGCUCUUCACCACCAAGGCAGUCUCGGCAGGGGAGCUUCUGCUCUGCGAAAAGGCAUUCUCCUACAGCUUUGCCGGGGACGAGCAAUCCACAAAGCAGACCAAAAUGCUGAUGAAUCUUGCCACCAAGAGGAUAGUAGUGGGUGGCCAAGCACGUCUCUUGAGCCUGAUUGUGCAGAAACUGUACCAUAACUCGUCGUUAUCCGCCGAGUUUGGAGACCUCCACCACGCCGAUUACCAAAAGGCUACGGUCUUGGAGACUGACGGAACCCCAGUAGUCGAUUCUUUCCUGGUCGAAAAGAUUAACUCCCUGAACUGUUUUGGUGCUCCGAGGACGAGCCGCGAGUCAUACCUCAAGGCAACAUCAAGCAGCAGAGAUAUGACGGAUGGCGAAGGCUUCAAGUACACAACCUCGGGCAUUUGGCUCCUCGCUUCCCGUAUUAACCAUUCCUGUGUGGGCAACUGUCGACGCUCCUUCAUUGGAGACAUGCAAAUCGUGCGCGCGACGAGGGAUCUCCCUGCUGGCACUGAACUCUUUUUCUGCUAUCGCCUUCCUGUGCCCUUCGAAUCUUACCAAGAGACCCAAAAGGGCUUGAAUCACUGGGGGUUCACGUGCGGCUGUGGGCUGUGUUUGCGUAAGAAAGCCACGUCUGGUUCCAUCCUCCAGAGACGCAAGGUGCUUGCCGACGACCUCCGGAGGCUGCUUGAUCACCCUGGCUCCGGCAACGAAGCCAAACAACUGAAUAUGGCCGCCAAGAUGAUCCUCAAGGGCCUCGAGGCUCUGGGACACAGCAUCAUUGCAUGUCCGCCCAAUGACAUUACAGAUCGGCCGCGACUCGAAGUUAAACGGUGGGGGGUGGCGAAUGACGCUGUGCCAUGGGUAUUCAACAACUUGGCGAAUGUGUAUGACCAACUUGCUCCUGGACUAUGCUCGGCAGCAGAGCAUUACGCUGAAGUGUCUUAUACCAUGGUCGUGGGCGAGAAGGAAACGUGGCCCGAGGUAUUCUCGAGUUCUUCAUGA